AUGAAGGAAAGUGAUGAAUCUAACCAGCCUGUCUCAGCAGGGAGGCAAGAAAUUCGAAAGAGAAGACAGCCCAGCCAACCAAUGAUAGAUAAGUCCCAACAGACUGAAGUGACAGAGAAAAAGACACACUUGCCUAUAUCACAGUCAUCUGCCCCCAAAGCUACCCUUAGUAUUGGUAGUAUUCCUGGAAGAAAAAUCAACUAUGAAUCUGGUAGUUUAUCUGCUCAACUUCAGCAAACUUGGACACAGAGAAAGCAUGUGCAGAAUAUGACUGAUAAAUCUCUGCAGACAGACGCUAUUGCAGAAAAGAAAAAUGAAAUCAAAUCAUCUUGUCGAACAGUGGCACCUGAAGAAAAGCUAGCUGCUGUUGAUGAAGCAGCCCCUGAAUUUCUGGAGAGUGUUCAGGAGGUAGAAAUUCCACCAAGGAGACACUCACUUCAUCUCAAAACAGACAGAUCUCAGCAGACCAAUUGUACUGGAGACUGGACAAUGAUGGACAUUUUUAAAAAAGAGAAAGCAGACAAGGAACAGCAGACAUAUAUUACUGAAUCAGCAAAAGUGGUUAUUGGCUGGCCAGAGUCAAAGGAAGGUGCGCAGAAACACAAAUCCUCAGGGAAGAUAUUUGUUAGUGAACAUCCUGAAUCUCAACCUGCAGUGAAUAGUAAUGAAAAAAUUAGACAGAAAAGUGGCAGCAGAACUGAUACUCAACAGACCAAAAAAGAUGCUCCACUGCAUGUAGAAGAUGAGCAAGAUGUUCCAGUUGAAGUAAAGCCUCCUGCAUCAGAAGAGAUCUCUGCUGAGAUGCAACUUCCACUAGCUGAGAAGACUCCUGCAGAAGUCCUUUCUGAAGUUCAGCCUCCACUAACUGAGGAGGCUCCUAUUGAAAUACAACCUUCUCCAGAUGAAGAGGCACAUGGAGAUGAUGCCCCUGAUAACGUAAAGCCUACUCUUGCAGAAGAGACUUCCACAGAAGUUCAGCCUCUACCAGAUGAGGAGGCCCCUGUAGAAGAGUCCCAAGAAGAAGUUCAGCUUCCACCAGCUGAGGAGGCCCUUGCAGAAGAGGUCUCCACUGAAGUGCAGCCUCCACCAGCUGGGGAGGCCCCUGAAGAAGAAUCCUCUGUCAAAGUUCAGCCUCCACCAGCUGGGGAGGCCCUUGAAGAAGAAUCCUCUGUCAAAGUUAAGCCUCCACCAGCUGGGGAGGCCAUUGAAGAGGAGUUCUCCAUAGAAAUUCAGCCUGCACCAGCUGAAGAAGCCCCAGAAGAAGCCCAGCCUCCACCAACUGAGGAAGACUCUGCUGAAGUUCAUCCUCAACCAGCUGAGGAGGCCCUUGCAGAAGAGGCAUCCUCUGAAGUUCAGGCUCUACUAAUUGAGGAGGAGGCCCCUGCAGAGGAGGCCCCUGCAGAAAAGGCCUCCAUCAAAGUUCAGCCUCUAACAGCUGGGGAGGCCCUUAAAGAAGAGUUCUCCACAGAAGUUCAGCCCUCACCAGCUGAGGAGGCCCCUGCAGAAGAGUCCUCCAUAGAAGUCCAGCCUGAACCAGCUGAAGAGGCCCCAGAAGAAGUCCAGCCUCCACCAACUGAGGAGGCCCCUGCUGAAGUUCAUCCUCGACAAGCUGAGGAGGCUCUUGCAGAAGAGGCCUCCUCUGAAGUUCAGCCUCUACCAGCUGAGGAGGCCCCUGAAGAAGAGGCCCCAUAUGAAGUUCAUUCUCUACCCCCUGAGGAGAUCUCUGACAAGGCAGGUCUAGCUGAACUUCAGCCUCCUCCAGAGGAAGAAAUUACCUCAGAAAUGAUCCCUGUUGAUGGACAGUCUUUACUAGAUGAGGAGUCCUUUAUUACGCAAAUCUCUGUAGAAGACACCUAUCCUAAAGGUCAGCUUCCACUAUCUGAACAAAUCCCUGCAGAUGAGGCUCUGGUAGAGAAUGUGCCAACUGAAUAUCAGUCUCCCAAGGCAGCAGAUGUACCAGUGGUAACAUUAGAAUCACUGGCUUUGGAAGAUGAGCCCAAAUCUGAAGAGCAUUUAGAACCAAAUGCUGUUCCUGAAGAUUCAUCUGAUACCAAGAAUGAAGAUAUUUCUUUUAAAAUAGAGGGUGUCAUCCAUAUAGAACUGGAAUAA